UCGUAAUCUUGACUUCCACACAUUCAGAGCCGCUAUCGGAGCUGCUCCGGCACCUCUGCAGCCAUUCCCGUGCCGUCGCAUACAGCCGCUGCAGCGGCCGCCGCGUCGCGACCGAAACCUGCCGAGGAGUUCGUCGGCAAUUCGGCAGGUUCGAGUUCGUCGUCGGGUUGCAGUUCGUCGGCCACUUGUGAGCUGUACGAUCUUGCCACAGCACACGCACUUCUUGCCCGACAACAACAGUUGAUACAACAAGCAAAUUUCCCCAUCAUAUCGUCGGCGGAGCUUGUACAACAGCUAGCUCAUCAUCAGCAACUGCAACAGUUGCACAAUCAUUUACAAGGAAUUGUACACCAUAAUCUAGUAGGCGACAUGGCACUCGUGUCGCAUCCGGCGACUGCGGCGGCAGUUGGCGCCGCGCCAAUGUACGCCGGUAGCGUCGGCGUACAAAAAGAGAAGAAACCGCAACCGACACCUCAUCAAGUGAUGCAAAUGCAACAACAGCAAUUACCACAGGCCGCACAUGUCUCGAAUGCCAUCCUGGCAGCGACGCAGCCGUUCUAUCCUGCUCCUGUGCAGGACGCGCAGCCGGACAGGCCUAUCGGUUACGGAGCAUUCGGUGUUGUCUGGUCGGUGACGGAUCCACGAAGUGGUAAACGAGUAGCGUUAAAGAAAAUGCCAAACGUCUUUCAAAAUUUGGCCUCUUGUAAACGGGUGUUUCGCGAAAUUCGCAUGCUUUCAUCAUUCAAGCACGAUAAUGUGCUUUCCUUGUUAGACAUCUUGCAACCAACAAACCCACAUUUCUUUCAAGAGCUGUACGUUCUAACGGAGCUUAUGCAAAGUGAUCUACACAAAAUUAUUGUGUCACCACAACCGCUAACCAUUGAUCAUGUAAAAGUAUUUGUCUAUCAGAUCUUGAGAGGGUUAAAAUACUUGCACUCGGCCAACAUCCUGCACAGAGACAUCAAACCCGGCAAUUUACUGGUGAACAGUAAUUGUAUUCUAAAAAUUUGUGAUUUUGGCCUGGCCAGAAUUUGGGAUUCACGGGAACGACAAAACAUGACGCAUGAGGUUGUCACACAGUAUUAUCGCGCUCCAGAGUUGUUGAUGGGAGCUCGAAGGUAUACCGGUGCUGUAGAUAUCUGGUCAGUUGGAUGCAUUUUUGCUGAGCUUCUUGCUAGGCGGAUACUGUUUCAAGCUCAGGGACCAAUUGAUCAGCUGGAUCUGAUCAUUGAUCUGCUCGGUACACCAACCCCUGAAGAGAUGAAAUACGCUUGUGAAGGAGCUCGAAAUCAUGUGCUCCGUGCACCAUUCCGUGUGAACACAUUCCAUCGUAUGCGACAACUCAGUCAACAUACCACAGAUGAUGCCGUGCAAUUGUUGGCCAUGAUGUUGCAGUUUGACCCGGAUAAGAGAGCCACCGUCGAUCAGGCGUUGAAACACAGCUAUUUGGACGAAGGACGAAUGCGUUUCCAUUCAUGUAUGUGCUCGUGUUGCUAUACGAAUACAGCUGUACCCGGUAAUACGCGAAUCUUCAGCACUGAUCCCGAUCCGAUGCACGAGAUGCCAUUCGAUCCCAAAUGGGAAAAGGAACUCUCCCGGUUGUCGAUGUUUGAUCUACGUGAUCGAAUGUAUAAGUUUGUCACGGAACGUACACCAUUGUUCGGUACACCCCUGUGCAUUAAUCCGAGUUCUGCCGCUUACAAAAAUUUCGCCAGUUCAUCCGUGGCUCAAGCGUCCGAGUUACCACCGUCACCGAAUGCGUGGGAUUGACCAACGCGCACGGCGCGUCACGCGUCGCUCGGCGGCUAGCCGUGGCGCGCCCGAGCUCCACACCUCUUCAAAGCACUGUCGUUCACCUAUCAAAUUCCUCAUAUCUGACUUCCUCAUUCACAUCCUGCCUGCCCAUAUGUUCGUCUCAUUUAUCACUCACUAUGUGUGCAUACGUGUGUGUGCGUGUCUGUGCCCGCGUCGUCGCCGCGCCGCGCACGCGCACUAGCGAUCCGAUUCGGUUUUUCUAGGCACCAGUGCUGCGCAUCCUGAAAUCCCUGAACACUUUCAUCAAUCAGUUGUUUUUUAUAUCGACAAUUUCGCUAUUAUUUCGUUUUGUUAUAUUUUUUCAUAUAUCGUCUCUCACCACGUGACUCUUUCAUUCUUAUCGAUUAAUCGAUUUCUCUUCAUAUUAUUGAUUGUAUUAUUCUAGGGAACAUCUCUAUUUUGAGUGCGUUUGUGUGUGUUCCAUUGUAUAGUCAAAUUCUGCAACAAAUGUGAUGAUCCAUUGCCGUAUUGUGUGUCUGAUCAACCCGCCGUUCGCGCGCGCCACACCCCUUUCAAAGCAAAGAAACGCCUACCCGCCCCCACUUCUUGAAAUGCUCCCAAAUCUUCGCAAGAAAUGCGUCAGUGCUUUCCGAUUGUACUUCCAACGCGCCUAUCAGUGUGUGUGUACCCUUAUUUUGUAUUCCCACUCUCUCUCAACUCUCACCCACCAUCUCCAUUUUGGUAGCCAAUGUCUUUCAGGGGCGCCCUGUGGUGCGUCCCCCCUCCCGUCUAGAGCCGCGCGCGCCCCACCCAGCUUGUAGUCGCCCCUCCCCAACCGCCGCCCGCCCGCUUGUCAUUCAGUGUCUCUUUUCUCCGUUUUCGAAGUGUGGUGUGUGUAUGAUUUGAUUUUUCGAGGCUUUUUCAGCCGCCGCCCUUCUCUUUCGCUCUUUAACACGUGAUGUAAUUUUGUGAGUCUCUCGCAGCUCAACCAGCCCCCACCUGACAUACUUUCAUGCACUUUGUAAUUCUCAACUUGCGGCUUUCGGAAUUGGCCCCAUUCUCACUAACAAUCAUGUACAUAGUUCUCUCAAACUCAUAUAUUUGUUUGUUGUAACCCUAUAUACCCGACUAUACGUCUAGUUUGGCCUAAAUCCUUGGAAAGUGCCAGACUUGGCGAAAUCCCCGUCCUCCUUCCCGUCUCUUAUCUAGUGGGCCUCAUAAUCGUGAAAACGCAGCUCACCAUAGCCAAUCCAAGCUUCCCAAAGGCCAAAUACGUCCUUCAUAAGUGAUUUUUUGGGUAUGUAUGUUUUUCUUCGGAGAUGUAUUUUAUCAUCAUUUCCUGACCAUGCGUAGCAAUGUCUAGUAUUUGCGUGUAGAUGUCACGCCCGCUCCUCCCCCCUCCCACCCAAAUCCCAAAAAAUUUUCACUACUAAUCAAUAUUACCGUAUAUGUGUGCAUUUCCCCUUUUCACUCGCUCUAUGAUCGUUGUUUCACAUAUAUUUUUCGCUAACCCCUCAUGAAUGUAGUCAGGGCAUCGAUCGAUAAUCGAUCGAUUGUGGUGAUUGUGUGCGCGUAUCGAUCGUUGUCCUAGCGAUCGUCUAGUUGUCAAUGUGCUUGACUAUCCUUUUCAAUUCGGUUAGUUAUAGUUUAUUUAUAUACGAAUCGAUUGAUAUCGAUUGAUCGAUUCGCGUUUCACGGCAUUACAUGUGCGCCGCCACUAUUCUUCUCUCUCUCUCCUCAUCAAUCCUCACAUCACACCUCGCGCCUCGGUUGGGCGGAGCUUGUCAUAAUAUUGUUGUAUAAGUUGCCCAUUUUUUCUAGUAAUAAAUCUUAUGAA